GGAAUUCGGAAAGAGAAACAACCUUAGUCUCAUGUUGGCCUGUGAUCGCGAUUGGUAUUUUCUCGAUCGUGAUUCUGUUUGUUCGCAGUCGCCAUGGUUUGCCCGUAUUAUACCAAAGUAUUCCAGGACAUUGGCCGAUAUUAGUGGCUUUGCCGUGACUUGUUUUGCCGUCGAAUAUGUCCAGAACGAUAUCUUUCAGUACGUUGUCUCGUUUCUUGAAACAGGCCAAUAUCCACCAAACGGCCUUCUGUCACGAGAACCAUGGAUGUACUUGUUGCAGCAUGUCAGAGUCUAUAGUCUUGCUCUCCGAUUCCAACUAAAGGCUCUCGAAUCCCUCGCUUCAGUUGCGUUCCAGAAUGGUAUUGUGGACUGCCGGCCUGAUCUUCUGGAUCACUACAUCGACAAUCUCCACUUGAUGUCUACUCUGUGCGGCCCAGAUCCCAAAAAUAAUAUUAUAUAUCCGCCUCGCCAAUCAGCUUUGAAAGGAUGUGCUGCGUAUGUUAUGGUCAGGCUCAGCGGUGACUUGCUUGAUAACGCAAACUUCCGUGACGCAUGCCGAGAUGAUUCUAACUUCAGAGUCUUUCUUCGUGCCGUUGCCUUUGAUAAGCGCCUUAAAGCCUCGAGAAGGGGCAAAUUGCUGCAAACCUUUCUCAAAAAUGCUGGAGCAAGAGACAGAUCGACAGUAGUCAGCACCCAGGAGCGUCAAACUCUUACUAUCACAGCGCCCACCGACGGAUGUGGUGUCAAUCUCACAGCAUCCAUGCCGCUAGCCAGGAACAAUCACUUCCGAUCCCUCAAGGAAGAAGUCAGAGAUAAUAGCAAUAAUACCAAUCCGUUCCGCCGACACACGAUUGACGUCUCAACCUUCAAACUUGGGCCCCAAACAGAAGCCACAAUGCUGCUCUCGUCCGGCAGAAGCGAAACGUGGUAUCCAGCAAACUUGUCUAGCUUCUAUCCCAACAAAUUUCCUCUAUUCAUUGCUCAUCCUAUCGAAGAACGGAAACACAUUUUUUGGUCGCUCAUGACCUCCAGGUGGCCGGAAAAACCGUUUGUCUAGCCUUUUCUCAGAAGGAGCAAACACGAUGGAAUAUUUCAAAGGUGUCGAUCCUAUUUCAUUACAGCGGGAAGAUCCAUAGAUUGCGUUGCCCUGAUUGCUGACAUGGACACGGCAAAAGUUGGUCUGGUUUCUUAUGCGUGGAGAAACAUUGUCAGCUUGUAUCCUGUACAUUAGAGGGAAACCAGGUAGUGGUCAUUUGCAUUGGUCAUCGAGUCUGCUUGAAUGUACGCUCUCAAAUUGCCACGUCGUCGUCUUUUCAGUUUCAGUCGUUCAACCUCGAUUAGUUUCACUCUCAGGAAUUUCAAUUGAGUCCCGAGAUUUUGUAUCUUCAUGGAAAGUCUAUGAACAUCCUGCUGAGUAUAUGUUCACCAGGAGCACCAGUCAAUCGGCAUCGAAAAGAACUUCUUUUCUGUCUGCUGAUAGUCGAAACCGUUCCAAUGCUGUCUGUUUUCUCUCGUCACUGGUGCAAAUCGAUCUCAA